AAAAUUAAAAAAAUUAGGAGAAAAGAAAGGGGAAGAGGAAUGCUUGCUCAGGAACAGCAGCAGGCAUGCAUGGAGAGCAAAAAAUCUCAUGGGAAGGACCCUUCUUCUUCUCAUCAUCAUCAUCAUCAUGAUGCUGUUGCGCUUCUUUCCUUCUUCAAGGUCAUGAUUGGGGACUUCAGCCAAGCUUUGUUCUUUCCGCCAAUUGUUGCUAAAAAAUUAAGUGCAUUACUUAAUCAGAAUGUUGAUAUUGAGGAUUCUAAUGGACAUCGUUGGGGAGUAAAAGUAUCCUUAGUGGAUAAUCACUUGGCCUUUGAACAAGGAUGGCAGGAUUUUGUGUUGGAUCACUCUAUAAAAUUUGGGGAAUUUGUGGUAUUUAAUCAUGUUGACAGAUUGCUCUUUUCUGCAAAGAUUUAUGCUAUUACCGGCUGUGAAAGACUAGAAUUCGUUGAAAAAUCUAUCGCUGGUAAGAGUAAAAGGAAAAGGAAAAAUGAAGCAUCCGCUGAUGAUCUUUCUCUAAAAAAAUGUCAGUCUGUUGGAAAGCUUGACAAAGAUGUUGUCGAUAGCAUUGAGGAGUCGAUUAAGAAAAAACAAACAACAAAAUUGGCUUCUGGUGAUAAAUCUGACAGUAUGAUGGUUACUAGAAGUAUGAAGGCUGGUGUAAAACGCAAAGGUGAAGAUGAGGAUGCACUUAAGACAUCUCAUGUUUGCCAUGAAAGCUCCAAAAGGCGACAAAUUGAUGUUGUAGAGCCAGUUGAGUUACUAGAUGAAAUGGUUGACAAAACCUGCCAAAUUUCCCCUAGUGAUCCUGUGAAUAUGGAUGUGGAUGUGAUGACUAUGACCGAUGGUGAUAAUAGUGACAAUGCUGGUGAUUCUAUCAGUGAAGGUAUAGGUAUGAGUCGAGAUUUUGUCACAGAAGAGCAAAUGCCAGAUGUUAAGCUUGUACAAGUACCUGUAAAAGUCGGCUCUCGGGAUUCAAUAUUCAUGAAGGGAAAUAUCACAGUUUCUUCUCCUGAUAUGAUAGCUUCAGAAGCUAACGGAAAGUCAUGCAAUGCUGUGGAAACAGAUACAUUGGUAACUAAUGAACAAUCAUUGCAUGGAUCUCUGAGCGAGACUGACGCAGAAUGUGUCAGGAUUGUGGAUCCUCUUAUUAGUAACAGUGUGUUAACUAGAGACAGCCCACAAGGUGUUGUUGCAGUUUCUUCUAUUAAUUUGACUGCUUCCGAAGAAAAAGGAAACUUGUGUGGUGCCAUAGAAGUAGAUACAUUAGUGAUUAAUGAAGAAUUAUCACCACAUCAUCGGCUUAGCCCUGUUAAGUGCCAACCUUUGUUAGCGAGUGAAUUUGAUGGACAUGGAUCACAGAAUGAGAAUGUAAUUUUGGAUCCUCUUAUUAAUGAUGGUGUGUUAAAAGGAGAAAGCCCAGAGGAAAAUGUUGCAGUUUCUUCUGUUAAUUUGAUACCUAAAGAAGCUAUAGGAAGCUCAUGCAUUGUCCAACAAACAACAGAUGGGUUAGUGAUGAAUGAAGAAAGAGAUUGCACUAGUUAUGGAUCGCGGAAUGAGACUGAAGUGAACUGCGAAGUUGAUGUGGAUCCUCUUAUUAGCAACACGGUGAUAACAGGGGACUUGCCACAGGGAAUAACCACAGCUGAGUGUACAAAGAUACAACUAGAAGGUGGCGAAACUGAUUCAUCUGAAUCAUUUGAUGAUAAUGUUACUGAAGAAAACUUAAAUACAGCAGAUGGAGUUUAUAAAUUUCUUGGUACACUGCAAGGAAUUUGCUACAUUGUUAAAGAAGAUUCUACUGAUAAAUUUGGUGAUGGUAUGGUUAAUCCUUUUGAUUUGUGUGAUGCUGAUGAAGCUGACAUUUUGCACAAAACUGAUGGCACAUUCAAUGAAGAUAAGAGCAGGCACAUAUCACCCUCUGUUCCACUUGAUAAGGUUCCUAAAAAUGAAGCGGAGUUGGGUUCCUUGGGGAAAGACAACAUCCAUAUUUACAGAAGCAAGAGUGUUUCUUGCCUCCAAACUCCUGAAUUUCAAAAUGAUGCCAAUGUCGUGGAGGAAACUGUUCCCCAGUCUGGAAAAAUGCCUGUCGUUUCACUGGAAGAGAAUGAGAAGAAUUUGAAUUUAAGUUCAGAAAUAACUGCCCGUGAAGAUGUAAAGCCUGAAUCCUUGAUUAUAGGGAAAAAAUCUGUUGAAUUGCUGGAAGAAACUGAAAAGAGAUCAAGUCUCAGUCCAGAAGUAACAGUGAAUGAAGAUUUAAAACCUGAAUACAUGGAUUUGGUGAAACCCCCCUCAUCAAGUUCUUUCAUUUUCAAAUUUAGUCUUCCUUCAAACAACAACUCUUGGCUUAAAUUGUCGAACAGUAUCCCGUAUAGUUUCGGGAAAAUGUUUCUCCUGAGGAAGGUGCUUGUGCUUCAGGAUCCUGUCAUGAGAAAGUGGCCGGUCCUCUAUUGCGAAAACAGAAGAUUCACAGGCUUCAUCGGUGGCUGGAAAGAAUUCGCUGCAGCAAACGAUCUUAAAGAAGGCGACACGUGUGAACUUCAUCUCGCUGAUAAAGAAAACCAUACGUUUGUUGUGCGUAUAACGAAAGCCAAAAAUCCUGCUCUGUGAACUCUAGCUUGUUAAGCUCAGUGACAUUUUGAUUCUUUUGUCUGCCUGUAGAACUGUCAUUUACAGUGCAUUUUUUGGUCUUAUGCAUAACUAAUUUUUUGACAUGUCUGUUGUACAUUCCUUCAUGAUUUCUUGUCAAUGAAAAUUUCUUAGUU